AACGAAGAUUCGUUCAGUACAAUUUAUUCGUGAAUAUACGAUUUAUCGUUUGUUAUCAAGUUUAGUGAUAUGCUAUUCCAUUCCUAAGGGCAUAUUUCCACUUUUGACGUUUGUCUUGCGGUGUUCGUUGAUUUUCUUACACAUUUUGGAAAAUCAGCUUCUACCGGAUAAAUAUACCGCAAUCAUCAAUAGGAAUUGUGUACGAUGUUGGUAUUCCAGCGCUUUGCCGGUGGCGUUUCGGCCCAGCUUUUUCGGCGUAUACAAUACGCAACAUAUAGUACAUCGGUAAGGGGUGCUGGAUUAACCGCGACAGCGGCAACACAAAAGCAAGGAGAUAUUUCCUCCCAAGAUCUAGUGGAAAAGGAGACGAGUGCAUCCAGCGAUGACAAUACGGAUUUGAAUUCCAAAAAACCAAAAAGUUCCUUAGUGGCUGCAGCAUUUGAGUCUCUGAAAGAAGACAGCCAUACAAAUGAAAAAUCGAAACCUCCUGAGAGUAAAGGGAAAAACAACCUCGACGAGCGUAUCAUCAACGCUAAAACCGUAAACGGUCUAUUAUCUGUAUCCGAAUCCAGUGGGCCACUUUCGCGUAAACAUGCACUUAAAAUCGUAUCGAUAUUAGCUGAAUGGAGCUCUAUAAAUCGUGCUAAGAUUGCCGAAUUUGAAAACGAUGCUCGCUUUCUACGUGUUUGUCGGGUUCUAGGACGCACCAUGAGUAAAGGUGGAAAUGCAAAUGGUGGCCCCGGAAUUGAAAACAACAGCCAAAAACGUAUAUCCGGAUUUCGAACUGAUGAUCUUAACACCGUUUUGGGGGUAGCUGGUGAUGAUGAGGCUGCCAAACUUAUAGCGAGCAUAAGUUUACCACAAAUGGUGAAGGUAAUGAGUACAUUGGCUCAACGUAAACGACGAAGUACGCCUCUAUUGCGCUCUCUCGCCUUCAAUAUAAGUAGCACAACCGAACAGUUGGAUCUUAAGCAGUCUGCUGAUGUGUUAUAUGCUAUGGCCAUAUUAAACUUUCAGGAUUCAGUUCUAGCGGCGAAAAUUUGCUCCGAUAUUCAGAGCACGUUGCCAAAAAAUACAGAAAAAUCGGCUGUGGUUGGGUCCAUUUUAACGAGUUUAGGAAUAUUGAAAUAUCGCGAUUUAGAUAUAAUGGAGGCUCUAACGCAAUGGACACUGAAAAAUUCCGAAAUUUGUCGGCCGCAAGAUAUAAGUGCCUUGUUCAUUACAUCGGCCAUAUUGAAUUUCAAAAGUGCUGUUAUUGGGGAUGUUAGCAAAAAGUUAUCUACAUCUAUUGUAGAAGCUGAUUUUCAGAAAAGCAAUGAUUGGCUAAAUCACGUCUGGUCGCUUGCAAUGAUAGGACUUGUGAGUAACGAACAGCUGAACUCUGUUUUGAGUGCUAAAUUCGUUGAUAAACUCGAAGCGGAUCGUAAUGGGCUUUCACCUACAUCUAAAAUGAAGUUAUUAAAUUUGAAUGGAUAUGCGCAACUUUUGGCAUGCGACUACAAAGGACCCCUACUGCCAGAGGAUAGUGCAGCUUUCCAAGUGCCGCUUGCGCAUUCAAAAUCUAAACAAAUUUUAAUUAACGGAAUGUUGGAUGCAUUGAAGAGCUUAUUACCUGCCAGCAACCAUCUGAAAAGUUUGCAUGACAGCAAAAUGGGAUUCUUAAUUGAUGCGCUUUGCUUAUUCGACCAUAAACGGAAUCCAUUGCCCGUAGAUAAAGGGAACCCAAAUGCAAUAAAGGUGGCGUUGAUGGUGGUCGACUUCCAUGACGUCUGCCAUGGCACUCACCGUUCAGCUAGCGGCAUAACGAAUCUUAGCUUUGAUUUGUUGGAAAAGAGUGGCUACAAAGUCAUACCGGUGCCCUACAACGAGUUCAACACUAGUGACAAACUGCUGAAGCGGGUGCAGUAUUUGGAGGCUAAAUUUAAAGCGAUUAUCAGUAGUAAGGUCUAAGCUUUGUACCGGUUAGCAUUAUUUAACGCACUAAGAAAGAUUAUUGUUGACAUUGUCAGCAACUUGUCAUUAGUUAAAGUGUUAUGGCAACUUUUAUUCGAGCCUUGUAUCAUUUCACUAUAAAUUUUUAAAUUAUUACGUAAUAAUUGUUUCAUUGUUUAAUUAUUGAUACAAUCUUUAUAUUAAUUUAUGGCGAUGAAUUGUAAUAUAGAAUAUGCUGCAUUGCCCGACCAAAGGAAUACAAUUAAACAAAUAGUGAAUGUUUGAUAUAUUAAAAUAAUUAGGAAUGCUAAUAAAAACCAAUUUUGUCAACGAA